AUGGAUAUCAGCCGGGGAUAUAUUGAUGUCCAAGGCCGCCAUCGCCGAGUCGGUGGGAAAGACCUGACGGCUACUGCUAUCUAUCCAGGCAAAUUCGCGAUGAAUGUUGCAGACCUACUGGAUACGCACUUCAAGACUAUGAAACCAGAACCCGUUGUCGACGAGGUUAAUAUGGAACUAUUUGAUGACACGGAUGAUGCCAGCUCUGAUUCGGGCCUCGAGAACUUGGUCGGCAAGUAA